AGCAUCAUGGUAGGAAACUAGGAACGAGAGAAAACUGAAAAAGUCGGUUUUUUUUUUUGUAUAUUUUUGUUCGUAUUUUAAUUUCCCCCUCAUUUUCUUGGCGUGUUAGAGAAGGCUGUCAAUCACUUUCCAAAAAAAUCCGUUCUAAAAUUAUUGAAAAUUCGGUCUGGAAGUUGACAUCAAGUCCAACCCUUCGAAUCAUAACUUUCAAUUGAUUUCUCUGCUUCUUGCUCUUUCUUCUUCUACUUGAAAUUUUCGUUCUUCUUCUCUGUUCUAGUUUUUCCCGGCUUACUAAUUCCGGCGCCGGACUGUCCUUUUUUUAUUCUGCGUUGUUUCGUGCUUUCAUCUUUCGUAUUCGAUAUUGGUGAUUUUGAAAAUUGGAAGAAUGAACCAGUAAUCCACUACAGCCAUAUGUUCUUCGUAGCUGUAUCAUUUGGUUCAGUUGCUGAUAUUGUUCGGAAAUAGAAUUUAGGGCUUUCGGACAUUCGUCUGUUUGAGUUUGCAUGCGGUGGAUUUUCCAUGGAAACACUGGUUGCAGCAGAGGGGAAUGAUGAACAGCAGGUGAAUGGGACUUCCGAUGAGAAUAUUAGCCCCCCUCUAUCCUUUCCAAAGGAAAUUGCUGAUCCUGUUGUAUACAAACUCGUCCGGGUUGAAGGUGAUGGAAGACUAGUUCCUGCUACUGAUGAUGAAGUUAUGGAGGUUGAAGACUUGCUUGAGGAUGACAAAAUUGAACUGCCUUUAGUUGCAGACACUGGGCAGAAUAAAGGGUUUUCUUCUGAGAAGGCUAACUUAGAGGGAUCUGAAGGAUUUUUACAAUCAGAUAAUGCAGAAGUUGAUGCUGAAAAGCUAAAUGCUCGGCUUGAGUAUAUCGAGGUGAUGUUGCAAAAAGUAAAACAAGAAGAGAGGCUCCGGUUAUCAUGUGCAUCUCCUGAUCGUUCUUCUGAUUGCAAGAUCAUGGAUGGGAAGCCUUCUGAUCAGCUUAAUAAAUUGCGAGCUAGUAAUGAGAAGCUCCAGUCUGAGGUUACAUUGCAGGAACCUAUUCCUUUGCUGUCACCCAGACUAAACAAAAGCCAGACCUAUGAAAAAGGUGGCACGGAAACAUUCUUGAGAUCUACAGAUGGUUUAUUAAAUAAUGGAUCUUCAGCUUCUGCUCAUUCCACCAGUUCAAAGCCUGAUUUUUCUAUUCUGAAGGAAGAAAUUUGCUUGGAUAAUCUGUCAAUUAAGGAACUUCAUGAAACUUUCAAAGCAACAUUUGGGCGAGAAACUUCUGUCAAGGACAAGCUGUGGCUUAAGAGGCGGAUUGCUAUGGGACUGACUAAUUCAUGUGAUGUUUCAACCACAACUUUUAUUAUUAGAGGUAAAACCUUGGUUCGUAAUAAAGUCACAGAAGAAAAUAGUAAGAGUGUAGAUACUACUCUGACCAAAGAUCAGGUUGUUGUAAAUGAUAACUGCAAAGACUUACCAAGUAAUCCUACUAACCAAAUGGAAGAUCAGGGGGUUUUAUCUGGCAAGAUAUUUGGAAAGUCUGAUGUAGAAAGUGGCUAUAAAAGUGAAGAUAUCCACAUGGAAGAGAGAGCAGCCAAAAGGGUCCGAAAGCCCACUAGGCGGUAUAUUGAAGAACUUUCAGAAGUUGAAAGCAGGGAAUGUAGUGGGAGGUUUCUAUCUUCUGUUAAAAAUACUGGACCCACACCGUCUUCACCAAAAUACAUUGCAAGGCCUGUAAGCAAUGUGCGUUCAGAUGGAACAGUCGUUGUCACCCGGCAGGAUUCUCUUGGAGGUUCUGGUGUUCUGGUUCCCUAUGUGUCUAGGGUGAGAAGAGGUCGCCCAAGGAAAAACUUUAUGGCUCUAAUGGUGAUUUCUAAAGCAGAGAAAGAGAAGCAACCUGUAUUUACGUGCAGAAGUGAGCACCAACAAAAUGUGGAGCUGGAAAAUCUAGACUCAUCCAGAGGUAAUUCAGAUGAUAAUGUAGUCACUGUUCCAACUGCAAAAGGAGGAACCAGAAGAAAGCAUCACCGAGCAUGGACUCUCACUGAAGUUAUGAAGCUAGUUGAAGGGGUGUCUAGGUAUGGAGCUGGAAGGUGGUCUGAGAUCAAGCGGCUUGCCUUUGCAUCUUAUACUUACCGCACUUCAGUUGAUUUGAAGGAUAAGUGGAGGAACCUGUUGAGAGCUAGCUUUGCACAGUCACCUACAGACAAAGGGAUGAAGAAUUCACGAAAGCAUGCCUCAAUGCCCAUACCAGCACCCAUUCUGUUGCGAGUUCGAGAGCUUGCAGAGAUGCAUGCGCAAUCUGCGCCUGAUCUUAGCUCAGGCAAGUUGGCUGGUCGUAGUGGGAGAAAUGUAAAUGAAGCUAGGACUGGGUACCUGUAACUGUAUAUGCUACAACAAGUCUUGCAAAUAAAUAUCAUUUGUGCACUUAAAGAUUAUCAUAUUCUGCCAUCA